AUGGCUGCCGCUAGCGCAAACGCCAGCCUCGACUCCAACGCCCUGCUCGCCUUCUUCACCCAGAUGGACGAUCAGGGAGGUGUCAUUGUCAGAGGUGCGUCUCCGUCAUCCAAGCUGAGCCUCCUCACCUCCCUCACCUCGCUGUCUCUCCCUACACCGAAACGGACCUAUCCGAUCUAUCUAGAUCUGUACAUCCAGAACUACACAGGUACGAUGUUUCCUACCACAGCCCGUCUCAACCUUCCUCCCCGCGUCUCCGCCCCCUUUUGCCCGCGUGCCAAGGCUCCGCCGCCUUCAGGGGGGGAACUGCUUCUCACCACUGCCACAGGCCGUACCCGCUUUGAACGUCUUUUCCUCAUCGGCCGGACAUGCGUGCCGCUCUGUGUCGACGCUCUCAAGGCUGCCGUCGCAGAGGCCAAGAAGGGUCAAGAUACGCAGCGUUACCGCGAUGUUGUUGAGUUGAUUCAGGUCGCCGCUCCUCUGGAGCCUGAAGCCACAUUCGAUCAGUCGUGGGUCGAGCUCACGGACAGGGCCAAUAAUGCCAAAACUCACGCCCUCGAGGGCGAGUUGAAGGGUUACAAGAUGAACCUGAUCAAGGAGAGCAUUCGGAUGGGAAACGAGGACCUGGGUCGUCACUUUGAAAGCAUCGGCGACCUUAAUAGCGCUGGCGAGGCUUACAGCCGGAUGCGCCCAGAUGUGAGCACAUCCAAGCACAUCAUCGACGUUGGCAAGCACCUCGUCAAUGUGACGCUGCAGCGUCGGGAAUGGCCCAUGGUCAUUGCCAACCUGAGCAAGAUCACGGGUGUCCAGAACGGCGACGAAGAAAAGGGUUUGCAACCCUACGUCAAGAUCGUCCAGGGCAUCGCCCUCAUGGGGCUCGAGAAGUUUGACGAGGCGGCCAAAAGCUUCCUGCAGACGGAUGCCGGCAAAGAGGGAGUGGACUACAGCAAUAUCGCGAGCCCCAACGAUGUGGCAGUGUACGGUGGCCUCCUAGCUCUGGCAACCAUGGACCGGAAAGAGCUCCAGGCUCGUGUUCUCGACAACCAAAACUUUAGAACGUUUUUGGAACUGGAACCUCACAUCCGCAAGGCCAUUUCGCUUUUUGUGAAUGGCCGGUACUCGGCUUGCCUGGCCAUCCUAGAGGCGUAUCGCGCAGACUACCUCCUCGACAUUUACCUCCAGAAGCACGUCCCGACGCUCUACUCGCAGAUCCGGAGCAAGUGUAUCGUGCAGUACUUUAUCCCCUUCUCCUGCGUCACCUUGAGCAGCCUCGAGGAUGCAUUUGCCGUACCCGGCAAGCCGCUCAUUGACGAGCUCGUCGCCAUGAUCCGGGGCGGGGUUUUGCAGGCCCGCAUCAACACAAUUGACAAGACGUUGGUCGCCGUGUCUCCGAACCCCCGAGCCACGCUGCAAAGGAUGGUCCUCGACACGAUCGAUGCCUACGAGCGGGACGCUACGGAGCGGAUCCGGCGUAUGAGUAUCAUUGCGGCAGAUAUGGAGGUCAAGACCAUGCGCAAGGGUAAUGCCCAUGCCGGUGCGCAGGGCAUCGAUGAGCUCUGGUUCGAGCAGUCCAACCGACCGACGCUGAUGGCCCUCCGAUGCGGCGGCGGCGACGGGCCGCGCGGUGACGGUGAUACCGGCCGAGUGGUUGUGCUUUCGCAAAAGCCUAAAAUAUUCGGGUGGUCGACUGCCAAUGCAGAGGUGCAGACUGGGCGGUCUCGCGACAGGUCAUUGGCUAUCUCGAAAGAAAAGCAUACGUACGCCUGCCAACACGUCUCUUGUGCCGUGGGAUCAUUCAGACGUCAUGGCACUUUUGUGCUAGGCAUGUCAUUAGCCACUGGGAUCGGGCAUGGAGCUUCACGCAGCGGCUGGGACGGUGGAGCGGCUAAAGCAACAGGCGGCGGUGUUGAUCGCGGGAUCCCCGGGGCCGAUAGAUUGAGGCUUACGCAGCAGGCAUAG